AUGUCUCGCUCAAGCACGACCCUCUAUGUCACGGGCUUCGGUCAUGGUACUCGAGCACGCGACCUAGCUUACGAGUUCGAGCACUACGGUCGUCUCGUCCGCUGCGACAUUCCGGCUCCUCGUACUGCCUCCAGCAGACUCUUCGCUUUUAUUGAAUACGAAUCCCGUAGAGAUGCUGACGAUGCCUACCAUGAGAUGCAUAACAAGCGCAUCGGUCGUGAUGAUGUCUUGAAGAUCGAGUGGGCUCGCACGCCUCCCUCUGCUUCCUGGCGGUUCGACACCGGCCGUGAGCGUGGCGGUGAGCGCGGCGGCGAUCGAGCCGGUGACCGAGGUGGCGACCGAGGUGGUGAUCGUCGUGAGCGCCGUGAUCGUUCUCCUGCUCGCCGCAGCUAUCGCUCUCCCUCUCCUCGUCGUCGAGACUACUCUCCUCGCAAGGAUGACCGCCGCAGUGAUCGCGAUCGUGGUGAUAGGGACCGUGACCGAGACUACGAUGAUCGCCGCCGCUCUCGCAGCCCUGUUGAUCGCGAUCGCGAACGAGAAGACCGUGACCGGCGUGACGAUGAUCGCGAGGCUGGUGCUAAUGGCGACGACCGCAAAGGUGCGACUGACCCUGCUCACGAGGCUGCUCCCGAAGCUACCGACGAAGUCAUUAUGUCCUGGAACUAG